AUGUCGCUGGCGCUCACCGUCUGCGUACACGCGUCGCCCCCUCCCGCGCCGGUGUGCAAGGCAUUCUGUGAGGACAAGACGCAGGCCUGGGAUGACAAGUGCACCUGGGGGGGCUGCAACGGCUGCACCGAGUGCCUCGUCCCUGAGCCGGAGUGCAAGCCGUUUUGUGAGGACAAGACGCAGGCCUGGGAUGACAAGUGCACCUGGGGGGGCUGCAACGGUUGCACCGAGUGCCUCGUCCCUGAGCCGGAGUGCAAGCCGUUUUGUGAGGACAAGACGCAGGCCUGGGAUGACAAGUGCACCUGGGAGGGCUGCAACGGUUGCACCGAGUGCCUCGUCCCUGAGCCGGAGUGCAAGCCGUUUUGUGAGGACAAGACGCAGGCCUGGGAUGACAAGUGCACCUGGGAGGGCUGCAACGGUUGCACCGAGUGCCUCGUCCCUGAGCCGGUGUGCAAGCCGUUUUGUGAGGACAAGACGCAGGCCUGGGAUGACAAGUGCACCUGGGAGGGCUGCAACGGUUGCACCGAGUGCCUCGUCCCUGAGCCGGAGUGCAAGCCGUUUUGUGAGGGCAAGACGCAUGCCUGGGAUGACAAAACGGGCCCGGCAGACGGCGCCCCGUCACCGCUACCGCCUCCAUCGGUGCCACCCCCGUCGGUGAAGCCACACAUCCUCUGGUUCGUCGCGGACGACCUGCGGACCCAGCUGGGCACUUACGGGGCGACAGAGACUCUCUCGCCCAACAUUGAUGCGUUGGCGGCCGACAGCACUCUGUUUGAACGAGCCUACUGCCAGGUUCCCACCUGCGGCGCGUCCCGCGCGAGCAUGUUGACCGGGAUGUAUGCCUCAGAGACCCGCUUCAUCAACUUCAACACUAUGGCGGAGCAGGACGCGCCAGACGUGAAGGACAUGCCGACGGCGCUUCGGGACGCAGGCUAUACGACCAUCUCCAAUGGCAAGAUCUACCACAGCAGUGCCGACAAUGUGCACUCCUGGGACGAGGUGUGUGGCCAUGACGGAGGCUCCAUAGCGGGAUAUGCCUGCGACUACAGGACUCGACCGGGGUCGAUGUGCUGCGUCUGGCCUCAUGGCAUGUCUUCCGGGAGGUCAUCUACGCAGAACCUAUCCUCUGCGAAGGGGCACACGAAGUGCCCAGACGACGCCACCUGCCAGGAGCACGAUUGGGAGAACGAGCUGGACUUUAGUCGGACGGAGAAGUUCGUCAAGUGGAUGGAGGCAAUCGAGCAGGCGAAGCUCGCCAAGGAGCCGGACGCCUCGAGCAAGUGCUUUGGUUGCGGUUGGCCCGCCUGGUCGGGGGUCGAUGCGGAUGAUCACGGCUUUUUCACGCGAGGGCUGCCUGACGGCAAGAUGACGCGUAAGGUCAUCGAAGACCUGCGGACAGCAAAAGCAAAAGGGACGCCCCACUUCAUCACCUGUGGCUUUGUCCGGCCGCACCUGCCCUUCGCUGCGCCCUACUCGUACUGGGGGAUGUACAAUCGGGACGACCUCCCAAUCGCGACCAAUCCAUGGAAUGCGGAGGGCGCGACGGCACGGGCGCUGCACUACCGGGAGUUGGGUGUGUACAACCUUGGGACGGUCCCCGUCUCGGAAGUCUCCACAGGAGAAAGGAUGCCGGAGUACAAGCCGGCCCCACAAGGCCCCGACGGCCCGGCCUUGUACAGCUCCGAGUGGAACGGGGCAGCAGAGCCUCCGAAGCCCAACCUCGCCCGCGACGUGGUCUCCCGCUCGCUGGUACACGGCUACUACGCCGCCACCUCGUACGUGGACGGGCUCGUCGGCCUCGUGUUGGACGAGCUCAAGGCGCUCGACAUGUACAGUGAGACGGUAAUACUCUUCAACAGCGACCACGGCUACCACCUGGGCGAGCAUGGCACCUUUUGCAAGCACUCGCUCUACGAGCUCGCCCUCCGCGUCCCACUCAUCGUCAAGGCGCCCGGCUUUAGCGCGUCGCGCGUGCCCGCGCUCGUCGAGAACCUCGACAUCUUCCCCACGCUGCUCGACCUCGCCGGAAUCCCAGCCCUGCCGCACUUGCAGGGAAAGAGCCUCGUGCCGCUUCUGCGAUCGCCCGACGCCUUCCACAAGGAGGCGGUAUAUGCUCGCUACCGCGACGGCGACACGGUGCGCUUCCGCAGCUCCGCGCUAAGCGAGUACUGCCAGGGCAACUGCUGGAGCGCAGACAGUUGCACCAAAUCUUGCGCCCGACAAAGGGAGCAGGACAGCAUGUUUUACGACCACGCUGUCGACCCCGACGAGAACCUCAACAGGUUUAGCACGACUGGGAGCUAUGCAGCGCUCAUCUCAAACAUGUCAGCGGCCCUCGCCCGACAUCGGGCUACGAGGAUGCUAAACGAAUAG